AACAACGGUUGCCCCGUGCAACAGACUCUUAUCUGUAAUCAAAGCGAUGACAUCUCAGCAAACGUCGUCGUCUGUUGAUGACGCGCGCGGGGUUUUCCGGGUGCGACGGUUUGAGAUGUAGGCUAGCAGGCUAACCGAGAGUAACGUCAAAACACAGAUACUACAGAAGAGUCAGAGGGCGGGAAGCGAACAUGAAGGAGGUAAACGAUUCAUUUUACAAGGGGUGUUUCUGAAAGUGAAGUCGCCGUGAUCUACAUAGAUUGAUAUAGCUAAAAAUAUAAUGUCAACAACGCGGCCCCUCCUCGGGAUGAAGCGAAUCACCGAGGUAACCUGCACAGAGCCGCCGGGAGGCAGGCAGUCCCCGACCGCCAGCAGAACGCAGUCCGAGCCGCUCACCGUAGACGAGUUCACGGUACACGAGGACAAGCAAGCAGAGCUCAGAUGCAGCAAACCGAAGGUCGAACAGGUUUUCCAAGUGACAUUCACCAUUAUUGGGCUCUUGGAUCACACAGGAGCCCACGGAAGUAAGGCUUCCAGACAGAUCUGGCUCCAGCUGAAGGGAAAAAAGGAGGAUGUGUCUAAAGCGAAGGGGUUCCGUAUUACAUGGCGGGGGGGAGGGGGAAUCACAAUGCCGACUCAACAUCGUGAUAUCCAUCAGCCAUCGGCGAUGGACGAUGGCAUCGUCUAUCAGCCCAACCCUACUUUUUGA